CGCCGCGAGGUCAGCGGGCGCUCCCCGGGCUGCCCGCGGCCCCGGCCCCGCCGCCAUCCCCGUGCCAGCCAGGCACCACGGCCAGCGCGGCUCUGGGGCUCCGCAGCCCCCAGGCCGGUGGUGAUGGCUCGGCCGUCGCACCUCCGGGGUUCCGGGCUCUGAAGCCGCCUCGGUGCUAGAGCCAUGGAUGCCAACCUGCCGGGCACCUUCCUGCUCAACGGCCCCUCGCUGGGCCCCUUCCCCGAGUCCAAGGCGCCUGUUUGCCAGUACUCAGUGCAGAGCUCCUUCUACAAGCUGGGGCCGCCCGGGCUGGGAGCGCAGCUGGCUGCGGGCACCCCGCACGGCAUCUCGGACAUCCUGGGCCGGCCCGCGGCCACCCCCGGCGGCGGCCUCCUUCCCGGCUACCCGCACGCGGGCGGAUUGAACGGACUGAGCUCCCCGGGCGUCUAUUACGGGCCCCAGGUGGGCGCUCUCCCCAAGGCCGGCGGCGAAUACCCGCCGCGGGCCCGAAGCUGCUGGGCGGAGGCGGCCCCGGAGUGGCGGGCCCGGCAGUGCGGCGGCCCCCCUGUUCACUUGGCUGACAGCAUCCACAAGAAGAAGCACACGCGCCCAACCUUCACGGGACACCAGAUCUUUGCUCUGGAGAAGACUUUUGAGCAGACCAAGUACCUGGCGGGUCCGGAAAGAGCACGGCUGGCCUAUUCUCUCGGCAUGACUGAGUCUCAGGUGAAGGUGUGGUUCCAGAACCGACGGACCAAAUGGAGGAAGAAGAGUGCCCUGGAGCCCUCCUCAUCCUCGCAGCGGGCGGGGGGCUCUGGCGGAGAGCGGGCGGCCUCUGAGACCGAGGACGAUGAGUACAACAAGCCCCUGGACCCAGACUCGGAUGACGAGAAGAUCCGGCUGCUGCUGAGGAAGCACCGUGCAGCCUUCUCAAUGCUGGGCUUGGGCACGCACAGCGGCUGAGCUGCAGCACAGGCUGCCCCUCUGGGCUGGGAGUGGCUCUGUCACCUCUGUCCUGCCGGGGUGGCUCCCCGCAGCAGCAGGUGCCGGGCUUUGGGGUGGGCUGGUGACAGCCCGAUGGGGAGCGUGGCUUGCAGGGCUGGGAGCAGCACACCUGGUAGCAUCAGGUGCAGCUGUGUUAUGGGCACUGAUGAAAUAAAGGUCCUAGUCAAGUCCCAGCACUUGUUUUGUGGGCAUGUGGUCCAGGGUGGCCUUGUGAGGCUGGGCCAGAGAAGGGCUGGGGAUAGGAUGUAUGGGGUAGGGUCUGCAUGCCAGGCAGGGGCAAGGACCAUGCUGUGGUCCUGAGUGUGGGGCAGGAAGGGCCCAAAGGAACAGGGGAGCCCUGGAGAUUUUCCCAGGGUUUUCUCUGGUUUGGGUGUGUACCAGCAGCAAGAGCUGCUGGUUCAAAAGUCACUCACUGGGGCCUCUUAUUGGAAGCUCUUAGCAGCAAAUAAAUAUCAUUUAUCUUAAUGGUGUGAGUGAGAGCCCAUUCACCUGUCAGGGCUGCAGGAUUGAUGUGGCAUCAAUAGCCCCAGUGUGUUUGCCUGCCAACCUGUUGGGCCCCCUUGCUCUGUGCUGCACCCCUGUGCAGUGGGGUGCACACACGGACAUGUGUGUGCCCAUGUCUCUGCACACCCCUGUUCUGGCUCCCUGUACCUCACCAGUGCCAUGCCAGCUGUAGGUGCUGCACGGGGCCAGCUGU